AUGUCUGCAUCAGCCGACCGUCGCGACAUUGUCAUUGUAGGUGGUGGCAUUAUUGGAUGCUGCUCUGCGUAUUACCUAACGCGACACCCUUCUUUUGACCCAUCCCGGCACACUGUGACUCUCAUCGAAGCAUCGGACAUUGCAGGCGGAGCGUCAGGAAAAGCGGGAGGUCUCCUAGCACUGUGGGCAUACCCCGGCAAUAUUGUACCACUGAGCUACAAGCUCCACGCGGAACUUGCCAAGGAACACAAUGGAAAAGAUAGAUGGGGCUAUAGAGAAGUUGGUUGUGGCCAACUAAUCGCAAGGGGUCGCCCACUCAAUGAGAAGAAAGAUGGGGAUAAUGACAGCUCCGUGUCGCUUCAGAAACGUAGCGCCGCCGCCAUGGGAAAGCUGAAGCCCUCCAAGGCGCCACAGGAGCUGGAUUGGAUUGAGCCAGAACUGGUUCGAGGAUAUGAAAGCAUGAGCGAUCCUGGCGAAACUGCGCAGGUCCACCCUUACCUCUUUACAACGUCGAUUGCCAAACUUGCAGAGGAGAAGGGGGCCAAGGUGAUUUUAGGAUCUGUUUCCGAUAUUGACUACAGCGGUGAUGCGGUCAAAUCUGUUACUUAUGCCGAUAAGGAGACGGGUCAGACGCAAACAAUCCCCGCUACCGAUGUUGUUGUGGCCGCAGGCCCAUGGACAAGCUCUAUCUUACCUGAAGUUCCCAUUUCGGCCAUGCGCGCACAUAGUGUUGUGAUACGACCAACAAGGCCCACCAGUGCACACACACUAUUCACCAACAUCGAAAUCCCCGCAAAUUUUGAUCCGUCCAACCCGUCGCGGCCAACCGUGGCAUCGCCCGAGAUCUAUGCCCGCCCUGACGAUACUGUAUACGCCUGCGGAGAAGGGGAUCAAGUGGUCCCACUACCAAGCACAACUGCGGAUGUUGAAGUAGAUCCAAGGCGAUGUGAUGAUAUCAUCAACCAGGUUGGAGCCGUUUCGGAUGCGCUCCGUGAUGGCAAGGUUACGGCACGCCAGGCUUGCUACCUGCCAAACGUAAGUGCCAUCCGUGGUGGUCCACUUGUCGGCCAUGCUGGGACAAAGGGGCUCUAUAUUGCUGCUGGUCACACUUGCUGGGGUAUCCAGAAUGCGCCUGGUACGGGGAAGGUAAUCAGUGAGUUUGUGUUUGAUGGCCGCGCCAAAAGUGCCAAUGUCGGCUCUUUAGACCCCAGGAAUUUCCUGUAA